AUGACAACAGUAGCUGUCUUGCUGAUCUCCGAUAAAGGUCGUGACGACAGAGGUGCCGCAGAUUUGGUUGAUCUGGAGAUCGAUAUUGACGAAAACGUCGUUGAGGAGGGCGUCAGCGGUUUGGAGUUCAACAAAGAAGCGUCGGUUAGAAAGCAUUGCUUCUAUGAGAUCUGUGAGAUGGACAUCUUUGAGCACCGUCAAGUGCAUCAACCAGAAGACCCUGAUAUCCGAAUCUCUAGUUUAGGAUCAUCAACCAUCUUCACCUCUUCUGCAACUCGGAAUCGACAAGGUGCAGCCGUUGGUGGUGUAGCAAUAACUGUUCAAACAUCACUGCUCCCGCUGCUGACUUCUAUCUCUAAGAUCAACGACAGAAUUAUGCUCGCCAUCUUCAAAGGCAAUCCCAAGACAUACGUUGUCUCCUGUUACUCUCCCACUAACACCAGUGAUGAGGCGUCUAUUACUGGGUUCUACGAAUUUCUCAAUGACACCAUUGCCUCCAUUCCCCUACAUGCCCUCCUUGUCAUCGGAGGGGACUUCAACGCUCAUGUUGCAAGGCAGUUCUCCUACCACUCUACUACCAACCGUAAUGGUCAGCUCCUCAGUGACUUUGUCAAUUGUAACAACCUUCUGAUUACCAACACACUAUUUCAGAAGUCCUCCAAAAAGCUCUGGACUCACCGUUCACCUAACAAGUACCUGUCACAGAUUGACUUCAUCCUGUGCCGUAAACGUUGGAGAAACAGCAUCCUAGAUUCUCUAGCGUAUUCAACAUCUGACCCAACUGGCUCCGACCAUCGUAUAGUCUGUGCUAAGAUAAGGCUUAGUCUUCGUUCCUGUUAUGGAGUGGCAUUACGCGGCCACCGUAUCCAUAUUCUAUGA